UAAAAAUGUUGGGGCCAUUAGCCAUCGACUCCACGUCUAGGCCUCCGUCACUGGUGAUGGAGUCCUUAUAUACAUCCCUUUUCCCUUCAUCUUCCUCAACAAAACUACUCCAAAGCCCAAAAAUGGCAGAACUAAAAGCCUCAAUCACCGCCGACGCCAAAUUAGAGAUGUGGAGCUACGCCUUGGGCUUCACUCCCAUGGCCAUAGUCAAAUGCGCCAUCGAUCUCCAAAUCGCCGACGUCAUCGACUCCCACGGCGGCUCCAUGACUCUCCCCUCCCUCUCCGCCGCCCUCGGCUGCUCCCAGCCGGUCCUCCGCCGCAUCAUGCGCUACCUCGUCCACCGCCGCAUCUUCACCCACACUGCCUCCUCGUACUCGCAGACGCCCCUCUCGCGUCUGCUCAUAAGAGGCGCUGCCGACAGCAUGGCGGCGCUAGUCCUCCUGGAGAGCACGCCGACGAUGCUGGCGCCGUGGCAGCGCCUCAGUCUGCGUGCUCGCCAAGCGGACGGAUCGCCGUUCGAGGACGAGCACGGCCGCGACCUCUGGGGCCACUGCGAUGCCAAUCCGGAGCACAGCAAGCUGUUGGAUGACGGAAUGAGCUGCAUCGCAGCCGCGUCCUCGGCUGCGGUGGUGGAGCAGUGCCCGGAGGUGUUUGAUGGGAUUUCCUCGCUGGUGGAUGUUGGCGGCGGCGAUGGGACCGCCCUCCGGAUUCUGGUGAAGGCCUUUCCUUGGAUUCGUGGGAUUAACUUUGAUCUGCCUCAUGUGGUUGGAGUGGCGCCGCCUUGCGACGGAGUUGAGCCCGUCGCCGGAGACAUGUUUGUGGCUGUUCCCAAAGCUGAUGCUGCUUUUCUCAUGUCGGUGCUACAUGAUUGGAACGACGAGGAAUGUAUAGCGAUAUUGAGGAAAUGCAAGGAGGCGAUUAAAGAGAAGGUGAUGAUCGUGGAGGCGGUGAUCGGGGAAGAGGAGGAAGAGGACAGGGACAAGUAUAGCGACGUGCGGUUAGCGUUGGACAUGGUGAUGUUGGCUCAUACUUCAGGGAAAGAGAGGACUUUGAAGGAGUGGGAAUAUGUAGUGAAAGGGGCUGGUUUCAGUAGGUUUACAGUCAAACAUAUCAAGGCCAUUCCAGCAGUUAUUGAAGCCUAUCCAUGACCAUCGAUGCCUUUUAAUUAAUUUCAUCUUUAGUUGUUUGGAAAUUGGAAUAAAUGCAACAUUGCAUUUUUGUUUUUGUUCAACUUAUAGUGUCCAUAUUUUUUAUGGCCCAUCGAAAAGCCCAAAGGCUAAAAGGCUAUUUUUACAAUUUUCAUAAAACUUAGCCAUUUUUUGUUA